UGAUCCUUAGAGCGCCUGACCAGCAAACAGAGUGCAAUCUUCUAUCGCGGCAUCUGCCCGCUCUCCUUGCUGCUGACAUAAAAGGUGACAAUAUGGUCGCUUUUCUCAUAAAAAUACUGAAAAAGCAGCAGAGAGACGAGCAUGCAGAGUGCAUAAAAAAGAUAACGAAGAACCAGAACAACCUAACAGGUGUACGGCGAGAGAACGAUUGGGUGGUGAGCUACAUCGUGAGAGCAUGCUUUAUAUCGAUGAAGAAGCUGAAUGACUAUGACCUGCGGCUGUUUUGCAAUCUUCUGAUAACCAAUCGGAAGUAUGGGAAUGCGAAGACAAGCCUUGCGCUGAACAACAUCGUGCUAAAGAUCCUGAUUGAGAAGAAAAUGUUUUGUUUUGCGCGUAAUUACCUGAACGAUGAGUACAAGGAUGAUAGCAAGCACAAUUUCUACAAGGAUAUCAUAGAGUGUGUAUCGAUGGAAUACGAAGAUGCUCUGUGCUCUUUCAGACUGGCAAUGGCACUUUCUGACCGA